AUGGUGAAAGAGCAGUUUAAAGAAUCUGGAGUCACCAAGAAGAUGUAAGAAUUUGUACUUUGUCUGUGUGUUUCGGUGCGGUAUUUGUGGUUAAAGCAAUAUGCAUGAUGUUUAUACGAGAACUUACUGCAGUUUUUUUUCACGGCUAAAAUUUGCGGCUUGGAUCGUUAAUUGCUCCAGUAAUAUGGAUGGCUUAUUCUACGGUUCUUUUUUAUGCUGCCUCUCUGGUCUACUGAUGUUUUAACGUUUUAUGUGAUGUGCACGUAAUGUGCACGUGUGUUGUUUAAUAGUGCAACAACGGCCAGCACUCAUAGUACCAACUCGCCUCAGCUCACCACUUUCUUCUUUCCAUCACCCCAUAAUGCCUCCAAACUAGCUAGAGCUACGUAGAGAAAAAUACUAGUUUUAAAUUCAAGGAGAGAUUAAGGAAAUAGGAAUCUGCAAACAGUGCAGGGAAAGCUGUUCAAAUGCAGAAGGGGGAGGGGAGGGUAACCUGUAAUAGACUAGCACCUCUUCCAGGGCAAGUAGCAAUACUCUAAAUGGUCAUAUAAAAGGGCACAGCAGGGGGGGGGUUCUAAUGUUCUUGUUAAACCUUCCUUUGUAAGCCUUCUUUAAGCAAACAACCUAGAAUAUUCUGGUUGUGAAAACUAGUGAAUACCAGUGACCCCCUUUUGAAAAACUCCUGGCUAUGUCCCUGAUAAACCAUGGUGACUGAGAAUUGUAUAUGUUAAAUAUAUGUUAAUUGGUGUGUGUGUAGACUUCACGAUAAUGAUUCCAAUCUGCUUAAGAAGAGGUAUUUUUAUUAACUCUUCUCCCAGAAUUGAUUAACAUGUAACUUCUCCCUUUGAUAUGCACACAUUAUGCAAGAAAUGGGUAAUGAGAAUACUCAAAAUUAUCACAUAAAAGUUGUUAAUGCAAUCCAAUGCCAAAUUUUGUUGCUAAUUUAUAAAAAAUGUGUAACAGCUAGAGAGGAGAAUUAACAAUCAGUUCUUGGGAGUUAAAGGAUUAAAGCAGGUAAUUUAGUUUUAACAACUGAGUUGAAAACGUAAAUUAGCCACUGUAAAGGAUAAAAAAACUGACGUUUCAAGCAUUAGCCCUUCAUCAGGGCGAUUGACAAAGGGCUAACGCUCAAAAUGUCAACUUUUUUUACCCUUUACGGUGGCUAAUUUACAUUUUCAACUCAGCUGUUAAAACUAAAUUAGCUGCUAUACUCUCCCACCGAUGCAGCACCACAGUUUCUUUAGAAACUUACCCCUGUAUUUAAAGGGUUAAAGCCUUUGCACAUGAGGCAGUGAACUGUAAAGGAAAAAGCACAACAUUUAAGAAUCCAUGUUGUAUGUUGUGUUGAGGUCUAAGCAAGAAUUAAAUCUAGUUUCAUUUUGUGACUAAACAUAUUUUCUAUCUCUGUUUACAGAAGCCAUGUCAACUUCGGACUGUUUUCACCAGAACAAAUGCACCAAUAUGCACAUAUUCAUUGUGUCAGCAAAAACCUGUACAAUCAGGAUCAAAGCCGUACCCCUGUCCCUUUUGGGGUGCUAGAUUCACACAUGGUAACAAAACAGUUACCUUUUUCACUGUUGUCUGUUUACCACCUUUUUUAAAUAAUUAGCUGAAUUAUAUAUUGGUGACUUUGAUUGUUUUAUACUUGUGAUCUGUUGGAGCGCAGAUGCAUUGGUGAAGUCACCAUAAAAAACUUUUGUAUCUUUUAUUAAAUGAAACAAAUAGGUUCCAUUUUGCUGUGCAUCUUUUCAGCAAUAGGUUGCAGAAGAUCUCAUGUGACAAGAAUAUCAAUGACAUGCUGCUGCACCUUGGGUGCCACUUUUUUUCUUUUAACACAAUUUGACAUCAUCUUUGAUUUGUUGAUGACUGAAUAGUCGUACAGCAAUAUGGAAUCUAUUGGUUGAGAAAAUAAUUGAGUGUGUACUUUCAAAGACAAUAUUUCAUGGGAGAUUAGAUAAAGUUAAUUUAUUUGAUAUUGUAUGUAAUGAUAGGGCACAAGCACUAAAGAUCGGAGCUGUGAGACAUGUGGCAAACCAUUGGCUGAUUGUGUAGGUCACUACGGUUACCUUGAUCUGGAACUUCCAAUCUUUCAUGUUGGAUUCUUUAGGUCAACAAUUGUCAUUUUGCAAAGCAUUUGUAAGGUAAGUCUUUUUGGAUCUGGGAUAGUGAGAUUUUUAUAUGCAGAGAUAUAGCAAAUAAAGAGCUGGAGAAUCAAUCCCAUUUACCCUAUACAAUGUCAUGUAAUUUUUAGGGGAGGGCUAGUGUGCUGAACUUUGUGUCAACAGGAAUGAGACUGGCCUCACUGGGGCCAUUGUGUUGUGUUCUUGGGCAAGCUAAUUAACUUUGAUCAUGCCACUGUCUGGCAUGAUGCUAAGGAGAACAAAUGGUACCAAUGAUGGUCUGGGGAACCUGAUGAAAUACUUGGGGCUGGCUGCAGUAGACUAGCAUUUCAUCUAGGGGCUCAGGGAGAACAAUUCUCUUAAUGGUUUUGUUCUAAGUAAGGUUUAUUAUUAAUGGGUCAUUACAUCUGUAAGACGUUUUGUUAACCUAUAAGUCACUGCUUUAUGGUAAAUAGUUUUUCCUUUCACUCAGACAUGUGCCAGAGUACUGUUACCACCUCAAGAAAAGAAACAAUUUCUUGAUCAACUAUGCAGAUCAGGUGUCUCAUCUUUAAUGAGGAAGAGCUUAAAGAAGAAGAUUGUGGAAAAGUGCAAAAAGAUUUCUCAUUGUCCAUACUGUGAGGCAUUAAAUGGUAACUCACUUUUGGAUAUCUUUUAUACAAAUCCUUUUAACUAAACUGUGUCUGUUUGUGCACCAGGGGUAUUUCUGGCCACGACCAGAUGAGAGAAAAUUGUCUUCCUUUCAGCAAGAGGCUUUUAAAUGAAUGGUCUUCACUGUUCUUUUCCUAUUCUUUCAUCCUUGUUAUUGAAUGAUAUUUUGGGUGUGAAAGUAUAUCUCAAUGUAGCUAUGCUGUGCAUGUGUUUGGGAAAAGGGAAUGUGGGAGAAGUUGUUGUCAGUUUCAUUGCGUUGUGGUAAGGUUUUGGUAACAUUAAGUGCUAAGGACUAACAUUACUUUCACUCCUCAUGGAUGGGUGGCCAGCAAAAAUGGAAAUGAAGUUAUCACAAAUAUUGUAUAUCCUUGGAUAAGGGCCCAGAUGCUCACUUAAAAUUUCAGCUAAAAGGAAGGGCACCUAUCAGAAAAAGGGCUCUUAAUUAGGGAGGUACUUGUUAAGAAACUAUCAACCUCUACUGACUGGCUGUAGUUGAAACUAAAAAAGGUUUCCCUUGUAUCUUUGCUAUUUAAGAAAGUGAGGAGGGUGGUGAAAGGGAGGUGCUUAUUUGAGAAAACUUUCAAUCAGUUUCUUUGUUUUGUUUUUUUCAGGUUUUGUACGAAAGAGCGGAAUGAUGAAAAUUGUGCAUGAAAAGUACAAAUCAGCCAGGAAGUACAUUGAUCCUGUUAUCUCUGAGUUUCAAGCAUCCUUUGGCUCAGCCAUUGAAUACAACAAAGAACUGGAAAGUUUGUUGAGCAGAGCACAGGUUUGUAUGAAACAAUUAAUGGCAACCUGAGUCCUGUUUCCAAAUUUGAAGGUUCUUGCACAAAGGCUUGUUUAAUUGCAGUUACAGAGUUGUUUUAGACUAAAAAUUCAAUCUCAUAUUGCUGGAAAAUAUAUGAAAAGAUGGAAAAUGAUUAUGGUAGUUUUUAUGGAGCAAAUUUAUGGUGAUUUUGUAUUUCUUUCCUCAUUCAACAGGAAGUACUGAAUCCAUUAAGGGUUAUCACCUUAUUUGAACAAAUCCCUGAUCAGGUUAGUGUAAAAGUGAUUGUCAUUUGAUUUUGAUAAAAAUAAAGUCAAUGAAAGGAACCUAUAUGAGAGAUCAGUUCAAAGUGGAAAUGUGACAAGGAGCACUUUUGAAGUGAUUACCAUACAAUGGUAAAAAAGGCUUCAACAUUAGUUACUCAGCCUGUUUAGAGAAUGCUUAUUUUGUCAGGGAUUACCAUUUGGCAUAAGCCUUUUAAAAAUAAGGCUUAAUGUGAUUUAAGCAAAGUUAAAACCAUGUCAAUACGGCAGCAGCACAAGGUUUGUAGAGGUGAUAGGCAUGUGCUUUUCCUCAAUUUCCUAGCUACUUAGCUAUUUAUGAGGGCCCCACUGAAAACGGCUGUGGCAAGUUGGGUUCCCCUGUUAAAUAUUGAUAUUAUUAUUAUUAUUAUUAUUAUUAUUAUUAUUAUUACUUUUCUUGCUUCAUUCUCCUCCCUCCCCAUCCUCCCUUUCUCCCAUAUUGUGGGUAAGUAUUCUAUCCGAUUACUCAACCUUGUGUUCUGCCAAGAGAUGAUCUGUUGUUCAGUUGCCAUGGUGAUCUCUUUACCAUUUAGGGGAUUGCUGCUUGCCUCCCAUUCUCCUUAUGCAGCACCUAGCCUCUGAUAGAAGAAACAUAGAUACUUUUUUAUCAUUGUUUUAUAUUACUGCUGUAUUUUCUUUAUCAUUUCCAGGACUGCCCUUUAUUAAUGAUGAAACCUGAGCUGGGUAGACCAGAGAAUCUUAUUGUGACACGCUUGCUGGUUCCACCUGUAUGCAUCAGACCAUCUGUAAUCAGUGAUCUACAGAGUGGGAGGUGUGUAAUUCAGUGAUGCAAUUGGUUACCUGAUGGCUAUUAUUAAUUUGCGAGGCAACAGAUUGAGCUUUCUCAGUGGUGCUUUAUCGGUCAGGGUCUUUGUGCUUGGUUCUUGGAAGUUUCUCUUUGCUGGAAAUGUGGUGACCUAGUAGAUACAUUGACUCUCAAUUGAAUGACUUCAGUUGCAGCUGUGGCUGCUUUAUUGUGACUUGUUCUUGUGAAAAAUACUGGACUCGUGCAUUGCCUCUCUCUACCCAGGAGUUUAAAUUGGUGCUGACAAACUGUCAGGGAAAGUUGAUUUAAUAACGAAAAGUAAUCUGCAGUGGAAUAGCAUUCCAUCAAGGAAGAGAAGCUAUACUUUGUGUUACUUAAUGCAAAGGAAACUUGGAGGAACAAACUGUACAGAAACAAAAUGAAUUGGAGGGGGGCGGAUGGGGAGUGUGGUUAACAGUGAUAUACAAACAUCACCUCAAGGAGAAAGUAGCCAUUCUUCUUGUCACUAAAUAUGAGUGAAAAAUGGGAUGAACUUGGCUAGUAUUACGUAACCUUAACUAAUGAUUCGUAUGAAUUGUCAUGGAAAAGAAUAAAAUUGAGGGUACAAGUGAAGUGUCAGGGAAUCCUGUUACAAUUUGGUUGGUAUUUGUAAUCUGUGAAAGACUAGCACUCCAUUAAAUAUUCUUUUAAUUAGCUUUUGUAUGUGACCAAAAAAUAAUCAUGUCAAUUUUUUUCCUUGUCACUGAUAGCAAUGAAGAUGAUCUGACCAUGAAGCUCACAGAAAUAAUUUUCCUCAAUGAUGUUAUUAGCAAACACAGAGCAACAGGGGCUAAAGUACAGAUGAUUAUGGUAAGUGUGGAGUCAUUUUUGGCUCAAAUGAUUGCACUGGGGAGCUAUCAGUUCUGACUGUAUAUCACUUAUAUUAACCCUCUAACCUCUAAGAGUGACUAGCAGCCAAUUUCUCCCUAUAAUGUCACCCCUAAAUUGCAUGCAAUUUGGUCAUGAGAAUAGAGGAAAUGAUCACCAAGUAAAGAAGCUCUUGAUUGUUUAACAAAUUCUCCUUGUCAGCUCCUAAGGAACUGUAUAGAAAACAGUAUGGAGAAUAUGCAUACUGAUGUUAGGGUGUGAAGGGUUAAAUAGCCUGCACAGGCUACCUGUGGAAGCAAAGGUUAACUGUAAGAUUCUUCUUAUAAAUUACAUACAAGAUCUUGAAUAGAAAACCUACUGGAUACUGGACUCAAUUGCCAGACUUAUUUUAUAUUUAGAUGUGGAAAAUAUUAUUUUAUUACUUUACACACUUCUUACUUAGAACCAUAGAUAUGUGUUGUUUAUAUCCACAGGAAGACUGGGAUUUUCUCCAGCUUCAAUGUGCUUUGUACAUUAACAGUGAAGUGUCAGGAAUUCCUCUGAGUAUGCAGGUGGGUGUGGGUUUGAUUUUAUAUUUUCUACUACGAAGAUUUCUUAGUUUGAAAGGUAGUUAGUACAUCAGUCAGCCAUUCAGGUGGGUUUUUAUUAAUUGAGUUAAGUUACUAGUUGCAAGUGAGAUGGUCUGUUGGAUGGUCAUUCUGGUGGUUAGUAUGUGGGUUGGUUAGACAGUCCUGUAGUUCUUUUCUAAGUCAUGUUUAAUCGUCAGUUGGUCUUUAGUCAGUCAGUCAGUCAAUCAUUUGGUCAGUCUCUCAGUCAGUCAGUCAGUCAGUCAGUCCGUCAGUCCGUCACUUUAACCAUCGAACAGGUUACGUAGCAAAUAGUUUUCAGAGAUCUGCCUCAUAAUAUAUUGCUGUUUUAUACCUUAUUUCAUUAGCCCAAGAAAGGCUCCAGAGGAUUUGUGCAAAGACUAAAGGGGAAACAAGGUCGAUUUCGUGGGAAUCUGUCUGGCAAGAGAGUGGACUACUCCGGGCGCACGGUCAUCUCACCCGAUCCUAAUCUUCACAUUGAUCAAGUAAAUAUUAAUAUAAGUUAGAAGUUGAUACUGUUUAUGUUUAAGGUGUUAUUUCAUUACAAGGCAGAGUCCAUCUCUUGCAACGUUUGACGUUUGUUUCUUUCUGAAGUUUCAGUUUUAGAAUCUGUCAAAAAGCUAGGUUAGGCCCCUACAGGUAACUUCGGUUAUAUUGAUUGAGGAAAGAAUGUUGUUUCAUUUUUAUUUGUUUAGGUAGCAGUUCCAGUACAUGUGGCAAAGGUUCUCACUUACCCCGAACGAGUAAGUAUUGCAUUUUAUCUCGAUAGUAAUCCGAGAUUAUAUUGGAUUUUCCUUACUUUGCUCUGUAAUGGUCCAGAAAACUAGCGCAACUUUCUAACCAAUCAGAUACAAAAUUAAAGCCAAUCACGGUUUGGUCGCCCUUGUUUUCCCGCGCUUCAGGCAGUUUCCCUGUUUUUAUUUUGAGUUCUCAUUGGUUCUUAAAGAUAUUUUCCUUUUCUGAUUGGCUGUUGUGAUUGCUUUGGUUUUGGUUUUAAUAUACUCAAUCAAAAAGCGCUCUAUUACAGGUAAUUUAGUGUUAACAACUGAGUUGAAAACGUAAAUUAGCCACCGUAAAGGGUAAAAAAAGCUGACGUUUCGAGCGUUAGCCCUUCGUCAGAGCUCUAUUACAGCUCACUUUGAUUGUUGUAAAUAAAAAAUGUUCGCAAAUGCCUAAAGUGCUGGAGACUCAAAAGACUAAGUCCUGUUGGGUUUUAAUUUUGCUCAGAGUGAAGGAAAGGAAAACCAGUGCAAUUCUGGAUUACUUUUUGACAUUCAAUUGAAAAUUGUUCUAUUUCCUUAUCGUCCGUCUAACACCAGUCACAUAAGCUGGGAAAUGUAGGAUUGUUUUUGCAGUUAGUCAAGAUCUUCAUGUGUGCUUUUCUGCAAAGUUUUGUAUUAUUCUCACAGGUGACAGAGGCCAACAUACAACUGAUGAAGCAGCUGAUAUUGAAUGGAGCUGAUAAACAUCCAGGAGCUAACUUCAUUCAGCAACGGCAAACAAACAUCAGAAAGUGAGCUUAUUCCACCCUUAUUUGUUUCAUUGUGUAGCAUGCAAGCAGGCUUUCGAUGGCGCUGCAACAGGAGCGGCCAAGCUCGCGAUCUUCGAGCCUGCGAGCGAUACGAGCGUGCGAGAAGACUGCGAGGUACGGUCGUACCAGACCUCUCACAGAACUCUCGCACGCUCGCUUCGCUUGCCGGCUCGUGGAUUAAAUCAUGGAUUAAAGAAUUGGUUUCUAUGAGCUGCCAGAAGCGGUUCUUUUAAGUUAAUUGACACUUACACACUUUUGUGUUUUCAUUUUUAAAUCUCCCUCGGCUCUUAUCCGUUCUCGCUUUAUAGACGAUGGUCUUGGAGAACAUAAAGGGCAAAAGGACAAGGCUUUUCUACAAUGUUCAUCGGGAGCCACGUCUCUCCUCUUUAAGUAGCCUGGGACCCACAUAGUAAAUGGUUACUGACUUCUAACUUAUUUGCUUUUCUUUUCGUCCAGAUUUCUCAAGUAUGGCAAUAGAAAACAGAUCAUUAAGGAAUUGAAGGUAUACAAGUUUUUAAAUCUGAUAUCCUUCUGUACUUUUAGCUCAAAUAGAAGUAAACUUAAAAAAAUAGUUUCUUAGCGUAGUUUGGUUUUAGCUUUGUAUCUGAUGGGUCGAGACCUGGGUACGAGUUUUCUCGACCGAUCACAGAGCGAAGUGAAGCGAAAAGCAAUGCGAUGCCAGGUUACUUCCAAUGCUCAGUUUUGAAAUUUGUCUCAGGAUAAGGAAAAUAUUUCAUGUUGUAAUUUUGUUGUCUUCUUCAGUAUGGAGAUAUCGUUGAAAGGCAUCUUAUGGAUGGAGAUGUAGUACUGUUCAACAGACAGCCCUCACUUCACAAGCUUAGCAUCAUGGCUCAUCAGGUGUGUUAAGUGAUGAAACCGUAACUUCUCCUCUCUUUUCGUUUUAAUCAGUUUGGUAGAGACGUUUUAAACAACGCAUUCGGCUCAAGUGCAUCUCCGUCUUAGCCUGAUUUUUUUUUCAAAAAAUUGGUGCUUGCCGACUUUUUAUUUCUUCCACGACUAAAAAACAAACAAACGAAAAAACAUCUGCACUAUUUGUAACAAGUACCUCUGACGGUGCCUCAGGAAAACUUGACGAGUUAUCGGGAGUUUCUUGUAAGAGAUUGCGGUCAUAUUCAGGAGGUCAUAAAGCACUCUUGGUUGUCUCAUAUGAUGGUUGAGGUUUUGCAGGAAGAGGCUUACAGACUUGAAAGACUGAACCUUUUAUGACCCACCACUCGAAGAAUUAACUAUGUUAUCAACUUGGAAAGGCACAUGGGCAAAAAAAAAACCCAAACAAAACCCGAACAAACAAACCUCAAUGGGCAUAACUGAAAAUAAGCUAGCUUAAGAUCUGGUUGGUUUUGGAUGCUGAUUUUGACUGAGGUAUUCCGUUUAGUUACAUGGUGAUUCUGUGAUUUCUCUUUCCUUGUAGGCGGUGGUGAGACCUCACCGAACAUUCCGUUUCAAUGAAUGUGUAUGCACCCCUUACAAUGCAGACUUCGACGGCGAUGAAAUGAAUCUUCAUUUGCCACAGACAGAGGAAGCGAAAGCUGAAGCGCUAACACUUAUGGGGGUAGAUGCAAUAAAUACAUAUAUAAAUCUUAGAACUUAAUGUAACGCACGUAUACAGGAUGUUAUAGAGACCAUCUGAAAGUAAAUUCCUGGGUCACGGCAGGGAAAGGGGUUGGGGUUACAGGCGACAAAAGUUUAGAAGAGUGGGAAAGCCACACUGAAAAUUUCGAGAAGCGAAGUGCAGACAUGCGGCCGAGGUGUUAAAUGAGAUGAUUUUGAUGAAUGAGCUAAAUCAGGGACACGUGCUUUGUGGAAAAACCGAACGGAAGAGUGAUGACAUAGGUUCACAUAGGAGCUAUCGAAACCAGUGUUCAAAAUCGGAAUCUAGCAUCUAAAAUCAGACACUAGAGUCUAAAAUCAGACUCUAUGAAGUCUAAAAUCAGACUCUAGUGUCUAAAAUCAGACACUAGAGUCUAAAAUCAGACACUAGUGUCUAAAAUCAGACACCAUUGUCUAAAAUCAGACGAUAGCUUCUAAAAUCGGACACUAGUGUCUAAAAUUAGACACUGGUGUCCAAAAUCAAACUUAAGUGUCGAAAAUCAGACACUAGUGUCAUAAAUUUGACACUGAUGUCCAAAGUCUGACGCAAGUAUCUCAAGGUAAAGUCAGAUAGCAAUGUCCAAAAUCAGGCAUUUAUGUCCAAAAUUGGAACCUUGCUUCCAAAAUCGGACGCUCUUGUCCCAAAUCGAGUAUAAACGUUCCAAAUCAGAUAAGAGGGUCCGAAAUUGGACGUAAGCGUCUGAUAUCGGAUGGAAAAGGCAUGUGCACAGAUUUUUAUGGUUACAUGAGUUUGAAAACCUCACGAAGACUCUACCUACAUUUUGCUUUGACAAGAACCUAAGCAUAGGUAGAUCCGCCUUCUUUUUUAAAGAAUUUGUUUAAUAUGGUCAUCGCCUUGAUUUUGUUCGCUAAAAUUUCCUAAGACCAGAGAAUUCAUCAACUGAUAAAGUUUUUUUCUUUGUUCCUCAGGUCAAAUCGAAUUUAGUAACACCACGGAAUGGAGAACCUCUCAUAGCCGCCAUACAGGAUUUUAUCACAGGUGCGAAAAUUCAAUAAUAGUUGUAGAGUAAAUCUUCCAACACGGUUUCUGUUUUAUCUCUUUACGAUGCAGGAAUUCAGGGGCGAAAGAACAAAGCUGCUUUACGCGCGCUCAGUCAACUACGUCAGUUAUACUUUUCCCUAGACAAAGAAUAAGUCGCUCGGGAAGCUGAGAUCCCGAAACCCAUGGGAUGUUCGGGUUCCAUCGGGUCACUCGAGUCACUCUGGAUCAACGAGUUGUAUAGCAAAGGAAGCCAACGCUUGUUGGAGCCCGAAUUCUUGAUUUAUCUGCCACAACAGAAUUUUAUCGGUGACUGCUUGGAAAACUCAUUCAUUGUCUACAUUUUAAUUUCCGUGCUAUUCCAGGGGCUUAUCUGCUGACGCAGAAAGAUGUUUUUCUUGAUCGGAGCCAUAUCUCGCAGCUGUUGGCUUACAUCCUGGCUGGGAAAGACGUGAAUAUCAGAAUCGAUCUUCCGCGUCCAGUUAUACUUAAGGUGAGACUGUUGUCAACGAGUUGGAUUAUGUUUUUUGAACGAAAAGUAAGAAACCACGCUGUAACCAGAGAGGUUUCCCCAACAAAUAUGUCGUACCUUUUUCGUCUUUCCUUUUUCGAGUGAUAGUGACAAGUUUUCCUCGACAAUUCCUGUGGUCCAAAUGCCAACAUGCCAGUUUUCGAACAGGGAGACUUGUUAGAAAAAAACUCGUUAAAGACGAGAUUUGCUAAAGUAAAUGCCGUGACAAGAACAAGAGUCAUGGAAAGAUUAUAGCGGAGCUCGCAGAGCGUAGCCCCAUAAUUAUACAAUAUAGUAGUAACCCAUCAAGCCGAAAAAAUUUGGAUGUACGACCGUACGGCCGUACAAGGUGCUACUUUUAACAUGCGUGGUCAGUGCACCGGGCUCCGAGUCGGACGACCCGGGUUCUAGUCCUAGCCGGGGCAAAAAUGCGAGCUCCGCUUUUAGGCUUGGCUAAAUCUAUAUAUUAGGGAAAUUCUAGGGAAGCAAAUGCGCUUGACAAGAAAACCAUGUCACCUGUCGUUUUUAAUGUGGUCUCCGCCUCGCAGCCGUUCUUUGGGAUGUCACGCAACGCUUCAGGGAGCAUUGCGUGAUGUAUUCUUAGUUCUAAAGUACAAGUUACUAAUAACGGUGUAUGAGUAUAAGUAAGGUGGUGAAGAGUGAGUAAAUAAAAAGUCUGAAAAUACUACCUAGUUGUUUAUCGACUGUUGAUAGGAGUUGGAGUUAAACUUUUCCCUAUUGAAGGGUUAACAACCCUUUUCAAAAUUAGAUGUGGCAGGUUAUCUUUAUUUAUUAACAUCCAGUUGAAGACAAGCUACGCAUUUCACUUGCUUACUAACACAGCACUACAUGUUUAUUAGAAAUUCACUACUUUGUUAUUAAGAUGCGUGUUUUGAAUUUUUUUAUUUGGCAGCCAGUGAAACUUUGGACUGGAAAACAGGUGUUUAAUGUCAUACUGAGGCCGAACAUGGACAUGCCAAUCAAAAUGAACCUUCGCACAAAAGGAAAACAGUACACGAGCGGAGAGGAUCUUUGUUUUAAAGACUCUUGUAAGUAAACUAGUUUUUCUUCUGCCCUCGCACUCCCAUAAGCGACAAAAAAGGAAUUUCUUCUUUCAUUGUUAAUACAUUCUCAAGCACAAAGGUGAUAAGAAGAUAGAAAGAUAUCAUCUGGAGGACGUGUUUUGAUUAACACCAAAUUCUCACAACAGAAAUCAAAAGAAAUGUAUGAAAGACAGUUCGGAGAAUUGAUAUUUAGAGGUUCAGGUUGAAAGGUUUAACCUUCUAAGCUUUGUUUGGAUUCCCCGAUGGAAAAACUGGAUUCGAGUCCUGGUUGUUUCAUUGGUUUGUGUUCUUGGACAAAACAUCAAUCUUUCACAGUGUCUGUCUCCGCCCUAGAGGGGAAAUGGGUUCUGGAAACCUUACAAAAUGCAAGGAGGGGGGGGAGGGAGGAAUGGGUGGGGCUGGGUCACGUGAGAUGGGUAACAAUGCUUCUCUCAGCGCCUCUCUCCAUCCAGGAGUAGGAAUGGGUACCAAUGGACUGUCAACGAAACUUGACUUGAUCUGUAGUGAACUGACUCUCCAUCAAUGGCAAAAUUCCUCGUCACUUCACUCUGAAGGAAAUCGGAGAAGCUCAGGCAGUUACUGGAUUCAGUCUCGUCUGAGAAUUUGUCCAAAAGCGUGAAUUUAGCAUGUGUUUCUUUUUCAUGGACAGAUGUGGUGAUUCACAACAGUGAGUUGAUGUGUGGUGCAUUGGAUAAAGCUGUGCUGGGUUCUGGCUCUAAGAACAGUAUCUUCUAUGUGCUCCUCAGAGACUUCGGUGGUCAGGUAACUGCAGUAUUUUCUUUUACUACUGUUGCUUAGCAGCAAGGGACCGUUUAUUAUCUAUUCCCUUGGGUUGGGGGGGGUGCGUCGCGAUAAUAUUCACGUGAUCUCCCCCAAGGAUCUGUAGUAUUCUAGUGAUCCCCCUUAUUCCCCCCUCUUAGUCCCCCAUUUAUAUUGUGUUAGCGACGACUGACUCCCUCCCCCCCCCUCCCGUUCUGCACACUGAAUGAAGUAUCCACUAAUUGUAUUGCUAGAAUGGAAACCGUCUCGAUGUGACACUAAAUUAUCCGAACUCUCAGAGAAGAAAAUGAAAGGGAGAAGGUUUGGAGAGUUAACAUUUUGAUGUUCUUUACAGGCUGCCGCAGAUGCUAUGUGGAGAGUAGCAAGGGUUUGUCCAUUCUUUCUGAGUGAGUAGUAGAUGAACAUAACAAGCACAGGACGAAAUUGCAAGAAUCCGUAAACGGAAACGUGGCAGAAACAUGUUAAACCGUGCUGGAAACACGACGGAUAACCUGUGUUUCCGUUACCGGUUUCGUGACGUUUUCUCGCGUUUCCGUUGCUGCGUAUACAACGGAACCGGACCACUUUUGAACAUAAACAAACGGAAACAUGGGUUGAAUAACCAAUACAAACAUUUUUCGUCCUGUGAAGGCUGCUGAAUAACCAUCAACAUUUGCCUGUUAAACGUGACGCUUUCCUUUUGCACGCGACACCAUAAUUACUUUGUUAAAUGUCAAACGAUGACACAAAAGGUGUUGUUUUGUCAAUUCGUGGAUCAGGGAUGGAACAUUAUGAGAGUACAAGCCUUCUAUGGCUGUGGCUCCGGUUCGACUCCCAUACUUUAUUUCCCUUAAGUUCUUCGGUCUCCUUCCUCCUUCCAAAUCCAAAAUUGAACGUUCCAAUCCGACCUGAAAUUAGUGAGCAGAGAGCCCGCGUUGGUUUGUUACAAAAAAAAUCUCUCCUAACAUAACUCCUUUUGGCUCAAGUUAAUGUCAACACUGAUAUAUGAAACCUCUGCGCGUCAUAUUGGGAUAACCUUUUAGAGAAAAAUAAUGAAAAUGUGCUGAUGUAAUUUUUUUAUAGGUAACAGAGGGUUUUCUAUUGGUAUUGGUGACGUCACGCCUGGCCACGGACUUCUGCAGGCAAAGGAUGAACUUCUCGAUAACGGGUAUGUGUAUUAUAACUUUCAAACUUGUCUUUCUUCCGCGCCAUAAAGAAGGGCUGAAGAAGACCAACUGUAUCCUUGAACCAUCAUUCGAAAUCCCAUCAUGAUGGCCAAGCUCCAUUCAAGUAUCCCAUAGUGAAGUUUCCGCUAUAUGCAUCCAACCCGCUCUAACAAUUUUUUUUUUUUUGUAAUUUGAUAUGGUUUUUUAGUUAUUCCAAAUGUGACAGCUUCAUUCAGGAUUUUAAAGAAGGCAAGUUGCAAACACAGCCAGGGUGUAGCGCAGACGAUACUCUUGAGGUGUGUGAUGAUAAAAACGAACUUGAUCGAUGAAUGAUGUACGCCGCAACUGUGUGCCCGAUCUAAAAUGGCUACCAUUUAGUCAUCUACUACAACCAAAUCAUCAUCCUUAAGGACAAUUUUAUCUUUUUUUUUGUGGUGUGUACUCUUGUUAGGCUGUUAUUCUGAAAGAGCUUUCUGUCAUAAGAGAUCAUGCUGGAAAAGCUUGUCUACGCGAGCUGCACAAGACCAACAGUCCUCUAACAAUGGCAGUAUGUGGUUCGAAAGGUUUGUAUAAGCUAUCCACUGUCACCUCGUAAGAAAAUUCAGUAUGAUCAGAGCCAUGGAUUAAUAAACUUAUGGGUUUCACUAAAAGCUAGUUGCUGGCGGUCUACCGCUGCCCAUAAGACCUCUUACCGUGGAUUGUUUAGCCUGAGUGCACACUCUCGUGUUUGGGCAUCGCUUCACUGUAGUGGCCUAUUACACCAUUGGUAGCUGCCUAUGGGUAAAGUUAUCGAAACCCUGAAACUGUUAAGCUAAUAAAUGAAAUCGCGUGCAUGACAGUAUUGGUCAGUCGCUUUCAUUUGAAUUAUGACACACAAGGCCUGUUGUCGACAGACUGCAACUUUUGCGGCUUGAUGAACAGAAUUAAAUGAAAGACUGCUCAGUGGCGUAGUUUGAAUACUCACAUUUCAGUUUUUUUUUACUCCUGUUAUUUUGUGCUUAUUAUUUCAUAAAGAGACACUAAUCGUUCUUACUUUUUUAAACAUGUUUUUGUGAUCAAUUUUUUUAUUCUGUUUUCAGGAUCGUUCAUCAAUAUUUCACAGAUGAUCGCCUGUGUUGGUCAGCAGGCCAUCUCAGGCAAGAGAAUCCCAAAUGGAUUUGAGGAUAGAGCUUUACCUCACUUCAAACGACAUUGUAAGAGAUGUUUUAUCUUUGCCAGAAUGAUUACGAUCUGUAAAAGCGAGCCAACAAAAAUAAUGGACGAACAAAAUACUGAACAACACAGACUGCAAACGAACAUAAAAAGAAAAUAUAUCUUUUUUUUUUUACUCUAUCCAUUUUCCGUUCUUUACAUCACAGCCAAGUCUCCGGCCGCCAAAGGAUUUGUCAAAAAUAGCUUCUACUCCGGCCUUACUCCCACAGAAUUCUUCUUUCACACCAUGGCUGGCAGAGAAGGUAUUGAAAGCGAAAUUUUGCUAAUUUUUUUCAUGAAGUUUUGGUGACUUCAGCAAAAGUCUUGGUCAUCAUAAUAUUUAUGAAAAUGUCGAAGACCUGCAGCUCUGAUGGAUCAUAACGUCAUCGGAAAGAAAAGAAAAUAGUUUUUUUUUUAUUUUGGCCAAUAUGGUAUCAAUGUAAUUAUUGUUAUCGAUAUCUUUUUAUUAUCCUUGUCAUUGUCAGUCUCAUUGUUAUUUUCAUGCCUGUCCUAGAAUUUGUGGAGGUAGUACAGAUAUAUAGAUAUUUCUUUCAUUGUAGGACUUGUGGAUACUGCCGUUAAAACUGCUGAAACUGGAUACAUGCAAAGACGACUUGUUAAGGUACAAAAUAACGAAAAACAAAUCAACAACAAGGAAAUUUGAUUUGAAAAUCGUGGUAAGCGUGUUGGACUCUGCAUUAAAUGCGUCGGGGCCCAAGCCCUGUGUCGUGUUCCGAGGAAGUAAGUUCUUUUCUCACGUUUCUUCCGUCCUUCCGGGUAUAUUUAUAAAUGGGAGACAGAAAUUUGCCAGGGAACUUGACGAAAUGCUGAGAGGAGGGAGAGGGGGUCGAGGGGAAACCAGGAGUGGAUUAGCAUCCCUCUGAUUUAGGACAAGUUUCAAUCAGUUAGUCACUUCUUGCUAUAGAAAUCCACAUGAGCUCAGUCAGUAUGAAUCACUCAGCUUAAAAGACUUUACCAUUUUGGUUACUUGUCGUUACAGUUUUAUACCUUGUGGUUGAGAGAGAAAAUUGUUAUCACUAAAAGAACAACAAUUCUUGUUUUGGGCAUAUUUUUAGUCGUUGGAAGAUCUCGCCACGCAGUAUGACUUGACAGUAAGAAAUUCAGUCGGGGACAUUGUGCAGUUCAUGUACGGUGGAGAUGGACUGGAUCCCACUGACAUGGAGGGAAAGGAUAAACCGCUGGACUAUACGCGCGUGUUCAGUCACGUUCAGGUGAGUAUAAAGAAACCGGCUUUUGAUUGCAUGCAUUGUCCAUCAGUUAAGUCCUUUAUCAUAGAUUGUGGGGAGUUACAAUUCAUCGAAAAAUCAAAAUAUCAACAGAAAGUUUCGAUAGCGGGCAUUUUAUGCAAAACAUUUCGUGUGACAAAGCGUUAACUCUGUCAAAUUUAGCGUAGUCAGAAUGGACUGAGCGUAUUGCUAUAGAAAUCAUAAUAAUUGUAAAAUUAAUUUUUCAAUGAAUGGACACUUUGUCUUAUCCAAAAUGGAACUUAGCAACAUUUAUCUAACUACCACAAUUCACAGGAUAACGAAAAGAUAUACCUUCUGGUCUUAUGAAACAACAGAUAGACAACCGUAUCUUAGGUCAGCUCAUAUUGUGAAUUUUUCUGUGGUGGUCCCUUAAGAAUUUUUAUUUUCUGUAGUCUAAUCCGCAACGAUCCUGAUAAAGGAGUGUUUUGUUCGUUUUCUUUACACACCUGCCAUCAAAAUGUUUUAGUAUAUGUCAAGACCAGCUAGUUUGGUAACUGAGGUUGAAUCAUGUGCUCAAGUAUUCUUCGUCUUGUUUUGUUAUUAGUGUUCAUUCCCUAUGAAAGACGAAGAACCUCUCAGUUCAAAAGAGAUUCUCCAAGUGGCUUUACCAGUUUUAGACGGCUCGGACUUUGAACACUGUGGCACGGAAUUCACGAAGGAUUUAAGGUAGCUCCGUAAAUCUUAAAAUCGAACAGGAUGGGCCGUGGGUCAUCAUUCAAAUUAAGUGCUCACAUAAUUCGUCAGAGCUGGUGGCUUUGCGGCAUCUUUCUUUGUUCUGGUUGUUAUUACUGAAGUUUUUUGUUUUUACGAUACUCAGUCAGUUUUUUGUUUCUUCCACAGAACAUUUGUUGAAGACAUUGCCAAGAGAGUUGAGAAAAGACACCUACAGCUAUCUCCCUCCCAAAUGAGGUAAGAAACUGUAGCUUCUCUGCAAUUUUAAAUCUAUGGCAAAGAUAUUUCUUUUUAGAAGUUCUUACAACUUAACUUAGCGAAUUGAUAACUAAGAUAGAGUAUUAAAUAUUGUCAUAAUAAGGAUUGUUAUUUUCUUUUAAUAUUGUAUUUACUUUGAUUUUUUUCUUUAGGUAAUAUAAAGUGUUUAAGAACUUGAUAAAUUCAUACUGUAAACUAUUCAAUAUUUGUAAAGCGCCACUGGAUUUUUAGUGGAAGUGGUGCUAUAGAAAUCCAAUGUUAUCUUAUUAUUAUAAAUUGAUUUCUCAAAAAUAGCAAUGAACGGACGCUUGCCCCGUUUGAAUUUUAUCAUCCUUUGCUGAACUUCCGAGAUCACAUUCGUGACUCUCUUUUCCCAUAAAAAUGCCCGGGUAAAUUAGUUAAAAGAGCUUAUUUUUAUAUCAGGAUAACUUCCUUAAGCUGAUCAAUUUGCCUGUUCCGAUAGCCAGUUAGCUAGGUGAUAAACGUAUCAUGUUUAAAGCGAAGUUAUAAUCUGAUCAAUACUGGAAGUGAUUUGGUAAAUUCGUUUGUUCUCGUCUUUCCCCUAGUGCUUCUGAAACAAGUCGAUCCAACGGUAUGUAUUUUUUACGUCCUUGGUAGAGGUUUUAAAGCCAAUUAUAAAUAACCCAGAAAAUAUUUUGAGGUCGCGAGUUUUCAAGGGAGGGUCAGAAGUUAAGAUGUUCGUGUGUGAGAAACGGUGGUCUGGUAGCCAACGCGCCCUACUUUAGAUUUAGGGAUCUGGGUUCUAGUUCUAGCCAGGACAGUGUUGUGUUGUUGGACAGGUAGAUCUUCUACUCUCACAGUGGGAUGGGCGAUACGUCAAAAUAUUUCUAUUUCCUUUCAGUGUUUUCAUGGGUAGACCGCUGCACCAAGUCACAGCUGACGCACUUCCUGAACCUUUGCAAAGAAAAAUACUCAAGAGCUAAGAUUGAACCGAGCACUGCAGUGGGAGCCCUGUGUGCUCAGAGUAUUGGGGAGCCUGGUACGCAGAUGACUCUGAAAACAUUUCACUUCGCGGGGGUAGCUUCAAUGAGUAUCCUUUUAUUCGUUUCAGAAUGGUUUUUAAAGAGUUACAGCACGGUUUGUUACAGUACUCCCAGUGCUUCCAGAAGAGUUUAUUUUGUAAACACUACUUUUUACAGUUUUCGAAAUAAUAAGUUAGCGCUCUUAGAAAAUCUCUGUCGUAAAAUAUUGAUUGAUGAAAGACCAAUUUGUUCAGAAAUGAUCAAGUAAGCUGUUACUUGUUUAAUAACUUUUCAUACCGUUAUUCUAUUCUGCGUACAUUUAUAGAAUACUCUUUAGCAACAAGUUUGCCCCAGCAGAGUAGGUCUUUUAGCACUCUUUGUCUUGAUUCUUGUGAAUAUUUUCUGUGUCGUACAAUACCUUUGUUACCUUAACUAAAUCAGACAUCACUCUUGGUGUUCCUCGUAUCAAGGAGAUCAUUAACGCGUCCCGAUUCAUCAGCACACCAAUUAUCUCUGCUCCUCUGAUGAAUGACAAAAAUGCUGACGAGGCCCGUGGGGUUAAGGGUCGCAUCGAGAAAACACUUCUUGGGGAGGUAUGGGUUAUGAUCUAUUGUGUGUCGUCGUACAACGCUGUUGUUUGAUUAGGCUGAGCUAAAAUAAUUUAAAGUCGAAAUAAAAUCUUUCGACGCUUAAUAUUCAAUUUCAUAACUUGUUUUACCUGACAGGUUUCAGAGUUCAUCGAGGAGGUGUUUCUACCCAACAGCUGUUUUAUUCUUGUCAAACUGGCCAUGGACAGGAUUAAAUUACUCAAGGUAAUGAAAAUUCGGUGGUAGGAAUGAAUUUUUGCCCUAGUUAUGUUUAGCAGGUUAGCACCAGUUGGUGAUAAUUGUACCUCGGAACACAAGCUUAAAUAAAACAGAGUAAAUCAUGUCACAGUGUUAACUCUUUAACUCCCAGUAGUGAUUGACAUCUAACUUCUCCCUGCAUUGUCCAUACAUCAUCCAGCAAACAGGUAAUGAGAGUAUUCAAACUUAUCAAAUAGAAGUUGUUGUCUUGAUCUAACACCAAAUUCUUGUCACUUAUUUAAAAGGAAAUAUGUAGGAGCUGAAGGGGAGAAUUGACUAUCAGAUCUGGGAGUUAAAGGUUAAAGGCGUAACGUGUGGCUGUAACGCGGGCAAACUAACAUAGUGAGACUUGGAAAGUAAAAUGCACCAGGCAAAAUUGCUUCAAACCUUGUGAGCCCCGGAUAUUCGUCACCUUAGCCCUAGGCUUAACCGCUGGGAUAUCGGGGGCUCAAUUGGUUUGAAGGAAUGUUACGUAGUGUUGUUCAUGGAAAGCGCGGAAAACUAUAGGGAGGAAGAAAGAGUGGGAAAAUUAAGAAACGGGUGGCAAAAACGCGGUAAAGCAUUUGUGAUCAAAAGUUAAAGCUGUAUAGGAGGCAAAAAACGCAGAAAUAACAUUAUGUGGAUGAAAAGAGUGGAAAUAAUGAAACGGGAUCGUAAAAACGCGGGAAAUUACAAUGUGUAUUCAAAGAGCGUUAGAAUGCUCGAAAACAUUGAGUGGAUGAAAGAGCGGGAAAAGGAAGACAUUAGAGGCAAGCGUGGAAAAACCUGGCGUAGGUGAAAAAGGCGGGAAAAUUGGAAACGGCUGGAAAGGGCGGGAAAACACAUAACAGUUGUGUCAAAACGGUCGAGAAAGCUGGGAAACGCGUAGGAGGCUGCAGGUGGAAAAUAGCUGCAAAAAAAAAUUAAACAAUGGGAAACGUGCUCUAAAAUAUGUUACGACGCAAAGGCUAAGUGCAGCAGUAUGUGCAACCCUUAAGAAGAAUUUAUACGAAUAUGUAUAGCCCUAGAAAAGUCGGGAAGUAGCAAACGAGAAGCCAGAUGACAAGCGGAGGUGAUUGGCGCUUAAUACGGCGGAAAGCGAUAGAAAUAUUGGAAGUGAAUUGUAUUCUGUCUUACAGAAUGUUUUAGGCAUUUUAUUCAUAUUACGCAUUUGGUUGUCACGAUUGAACGACCUGCAGCAGGUGGGAAACCCUGCGGGGGAGCAUGAAACUAACAAAAGAUAUGAACGUGUUAUUCGGAAAUUCGUAAAAGCGGGAUACUUUAAACGAGUAGCAAGCGCGAGAAACUUCAAGGGCGGGAAAAUUUUCAGAACAUUGAGCGCAGGAAAACUUUGUCGGAUAAUAAUCGUCAAGAUCCAUUUAACUGAUAGUAAAAAAUCGAAAAAUUUGAUGGGUGGUAAACACUGUAAGCUUUUUUACAUUUGUUAAGGACAGAAAUACGGGAAAAAUUGUGUCGGAUGAUAAUAUCGGGUAAACAUUGCGUUGAUGGUGAGCGCGGGAAAGAUAUAAUAGGCUAUUUCCUUAUUGCAGAGAACUUAUUGUAUAACGUGUUUGUUUUCACCUAUCAGCUCGAAGUAGAUGUUGAUUCCAUAAGGUUUGCAAUUUGCAAUACAAGAAAGCUGAAAUUAAAACCUCAGGUAUGAAUGACCUUGGGGCUUUUAUGUAUGAUAUACCAAGUAAGGUUUUUCACUAAGAUUAACGAGCCUUCUUAGUCACUCAGUUACUAGUUUCUUAACCAUUUAAACCAGUUAGAUAUGUGCAAUUAUGAUAACGUUGAAAAUAACUACAUCUGUUGGAAAAUUUUUUUGGGAAAGUUUUGUUAUUUCCAUUGGACCCAAGGUAUUAUCCGGUUCUCUGAAACAGAAAUCAACAGGGGACUGAAAACAGGGAUCAAAAGCACAGCGAAACCAGGGGCUGAAACCAGGGGCUGAAAACAGGGACUGAAAACAGGGACUGAGGAACGGCCAAAGAUUGUGAUCUGCUGUGAUAAACUUAAUUUUCUUUGCAGCAAGUGACCGCUCUUAGCAAAUCAGAGCUGUGUAUUUAUCCCAGUGAAAGCAGCAAGUCUUCCCUUCAUUAUACAAUGCAACAGCUGAAAUCUGAUCUUCCCAACGUACUCAUAAAGGUAACAAUGAGUUUACAAACAUUUUGAAUUUCUUUUAAAGUUAAUUUUGCUUUUUUUCUUCACAGCUGACAUUAUGUUCUUAAUUUUGAUUAUUUUACUUUGCAUUUUAUUAGGGGCAUAGAAAUGUUAACCGCGCCAUCAUCCAUGUUGACGAAGCUCAGGGAGACACUUACAAGCUGUUAGUGGAAGGAGAUGAUUUGCUGUCUGUUAUGUCCACAGUUGGUUAGUUCUGAGACAUUCUUUGUCAUACGAAAUUUGUGUCAUAGCAAAUUCCAGUUUUAUGUUGAGAGUUCUCUGGUUUACCUUGGUUUUGAUCGUCUGUCCUGUGAUUGGUCUAGAAAACUCGGGACAAUCCUUUAACCAAUCAGAUUUGUAGUAAAUCGUAAAACAAACACACCUCGAGUGAUUGUUCUCUCUUUUUACUGUCUAUAGGUGUUAAAGGCACAGCUGCCACUUCCAACAACACAGCUGAAGUAGAAAAAGUUCUUGGAAUCGAAGCUGCCAGGCAUGCACAGUAGUUCCUUUAAAUAUCUGCGGUAGUGCAAAUAAAUUUCGCACGCUGUACAGGAUUCGGGAAUCCCAUUGUUUUUUGCAAGAGCGUUGACGACCUAUAACGCACGAUUUUCAGUAUUUCUUUUUUUCUUUUUUUUUCUCUCUCUAAUAAAUGCCCUUAAAGAAUCCCAUGUGUUCGGUCUUGAGAUACCAACCUGCAAAAUGCUCUGCAUAUGGACGCUUGGGGUGGGGUGGGUGGGUGGAAAUUGGGACUUAAACCUAGUUGCUGUACGUCUUUGAAUACUCUUACUACUUGACUCAAAUGAUAUCAUUGAUGUUGGUUUUGAUGUCUGACAGUUUUCCGAAACUGGUAAAUUUAGGAAAAACUCUUAGCAAUGUUGAUUUUUUUGUUUUUAAAUUGUUAAUAUUUUGACUCUGUGUCGUGACGUACCUCUCUUUCUCUGUUACUAGGGCAACGAUAAUGAACGAAAUCAAUGUGACCAUGAAGAGUCAUGGGAUGAGUAUCGACACUCGUCACGUGAUGUUACUUGCGGACCUCAUGACUUUUAAGGUGAGUGGAAAUUUCUGGAGUUUUUUUUGUUCUCAUGAUGGAAAAAUGCAUUUGUUGUCCAUCUCCAAUGCCAUUUAUUUCCUUCUACAAGGGAGAAGUACUUGGUAUUACAAGGUUUGGUCUGGCAAAGAUGAAGGAAAGUGUCCUGAUGCUUGCAUCCGUAAGUCAUCUUCUUACAUUGGGUUUGUCUACGUUAUGGGGGGGGGAUUCCAAUGACAGUGGAUGGGGAGGGUUGGAGUACUUUUUAUCAGAGGAGAGGGGAAAUGUAUUCGAUGCCUCCUCUUUCGCUACACUGCGAAAGCCACGAAGGAUAGGAUAGCCAUCUGACCAUAGUAACAUGAGCGCAGCUGAUUUCUUAGCUGUUCGAUUUUGAUAUUUUAUUCUUUCCAUUGUAGUUUGAAAAGACUUCGGAUCAUUUGUUUGACGCAGCUCUGCACGGUCAGACAGACUCCAUUGAUGGUGAGUGCCAGUUAGCAUACCUCGUGUUAUAACGCCAAAAAGGUUUCACGUUUCAGGCGUGUUGUGAUCCAGAAAUCUUGAAGCCUUCGCAGGGUUUCAUAUGUUAACAAAAAAAUUGGAAAAUUUACAAUAUCAAGCGCAUGAUUUACCCAAGCGCGUGAUAUCAUGAUAUGACACGCGAUACGGGGCACGUAUUAUGCCUAGCACGUGGUAUGGUGCACGUGGCUCAUGAUAUCGUUAGCACGUAACAUCUUCGUUUGUUUGGUUUUCCUUGCCUUGCAGGUGUCAGCGAGUGUAUUAUUAUGGGAAUUCCUAUGAGUAUUGGUACAGGAAUGUUCAAACUCCUUCACAAAUAUCCUUUUACGUGCUUGAUGUUUUUGACGUUUUUGUCGAAGCUCCCAUACGUCCAGUGAUCUUUAUAUCAAUUCUCAUGAGUACUCUGGUGUUAAGGUCUGUUUACUCCAUCAGGAAACAUUUAUUGCUCUGUGAAAAAAAAAAGCUUGACUUUCAGCGCUAUUGUACUUCUUGGUAUUAAUUGAGAACAGAUCCUUUGACCUUAGUUUAAUAUUUAAUAAUAACAAUAAAAACACUUAUAGAGCGCUGUGUCCACCAAUCGCUCAGAGCGCCGUACAACAAUGGUUAAACUACAAAAUACAAAAGCUAAUAGCUGUUAUAAUGAAGUUAACUGAACUAGUUUAGACGAACUAUUUCAUGGUUUAUCCUUAAUAUUAUUUGUACGCCAGAAAAAACAGGUCCACCGAGCCGGAGAAACUUAAUUUUUGACAACCCUGCAUUUCAUUUGCCGGAAUCUGCCAUGGACGUGGUGAGGUAGCAAAAGGAAUGAAAACGAACUUUGCACUUAUAUUUGAACUGAUUGCGGUUAUAAAGUUGUAUAUACAAUUAAGAGCAAUGUAAUUAGUCUCAAGACUGUUCUUAUCGACAAUUCAUCCCUUAAAACAUUCCUUGAAAGAUCCUUAAUAGGCCCAUGUCACAAUGUGAAAUUAUUAGCAAAGUUAGCUCUUACACCAAAGUCCAAAUUCCAGAUACCUAUAUAAAAAUCUGCUUUCUUACAUAAUGAUGGGGAGCCUUGAUCGUCAGAAU